AUAAACAUUAUGUAGGGCAGUCUAAAGACUUAGGUAGAAGAUUAAAUCAACAUUUUUCAAAUGGCGAAGAUGAAUUAGAUGUCUUAGAAAAACGAAAAAUUGAGGAAUUUAGUUCGUUUGGUAAGGGUUAUAAUGGCACUGGUGGAAAUAAAUAA